AUGGCCUCAUAUCCUAAGAAGAAGUGCGGUGUUUUGGGCGCCACUGGCUCCGUGGGCCAGCGUUUUAUCCUCCUGCUUGCCGACCACCCUUUCCUGGAGCUGCACGCCGUCGGUGCGUCUGAGCGCUCUGCGGGCAAACAAUACAAGGAUGCCGUGAGAUGGAAGCAGUCUACGGCUAUGUCGGAGAAGCUUAGCACACUCGUCCUUCGUGACUGCAAGGCUGAACAGUUCGCUGACUGCGAUCUCGUCUUCUCUGGACUCAACAGCGACAUUGCGGGUGAUGUUGAGAUGGAAUUCAUCAAGGCCGAUAUCCCCGUCUUCUCGAACGCGAAGAACUACCGCAAGCACCCUCUCGUCCCUCUCGUCGUCCCCACCGUCAACCCCCACCACCUGGACCUCAUCCCUCACCAGCGCAAACACUUCGGCCUGAAGAAGGGAUUCUUGGUUUGCAACUCUAACUGCGCUGUCAUUGGUGUUGUCAUCCCGUUCGCUGCCCUGCAGGCCAAGUUUGGUCCCGUUGAGGAGGUGGAAGUCUUCACCGAGCAGGCUCUCUCUGGAGCUGGUUACCCGGGUGUCCCCAGCAUGGACAUCCUGGACAACGUCAUUCCUUUCAUCAGCGGUGAGGAAGACAAGCUUGAGAACGAAGCCCAGAAGAUCUUGGGCUCCUUGAACGCCGAUGCUACUGCUUUCGAAGAGCAGUCCGGUCUCCGUGUUGGCGCCACUUGCACUCGUGUUGGAGUCACUGACGGUCACAUGGCUUUCGUUUCCUUGCGCUUCAAGAACCGCCCCGCUCCCAGCGCAGAGCAGGUGGCCCAGGCCAUGAGGGAGUACCAGUCGGAGGCUCAGAAGCUGGGCGCUCCUUCUGCACCCGCGCAGGCUAUCCGGGUGUUCGACGAGCCCGACAGACCCCAGCCUAGACUGGACCGGGACAUCUCCAAGGGCUACACCGUUAGCGUCGGACGGGUGCGCGACGGCAAUGAGGGUGGCUACUUCGAUCUCCGCUUCGCUGCUCUUUCGCACAACACCGUUAUCGGUGCUGCUGGAUCGUCCAUCCUCAACGCGGAGGUUGCUGUCAUCAAGGGCUACAUCUAA